AUGAAUCGGGAUGUUCUCAUGAUCCUUGCUAAUGAAGUCAAGCCUUUUCUUGAGCUUAGUCGUGGUCCACACAGAGACGAUGUAUUUUCAGUGGAAAAACAAUUGGCUAUGACUUUAUACUAUCUCAGAGAUCAGGGGUCUAUUCUUAUGACUGCUAAUGCUUUUGGAGUUGCCCUUUGUACAGUGUCUGUUGUUGUUCGUAUAGUUUGCUAUGUUUUGACUAAUAAGUGUGAACUAAAUGUUCUCAAACUGCCAACCACAGAACAAGAGAUGAUGGAGCUUGUGUCUAAAAUGGAGAACAAAUUUUGUUUUCUUCUAGCAUUUGGAUGUGUGGAUGGAACACAAAUCCCUAUUCUAUCACCUAGGGAGAAUCCGUAUGAUUACCUCAGUUACAAAAUGGAGCAUACUUUGAACAUUCAAACGGUUUGCAACUACAAGGGAACUUUCUUACAUGUUGAUGUAAGGUGGCCAUGA